CUCAUAAAUGCACACACUCUAGCUAGAUACAGACAGACCGACAAACAGUUUUAGAUACAAUCUCAGCUUCAGUUUUAAUAACAAAUUUCAGCAGCUUUUUUAGAGUAAAGUUUUCAGUUGCUCGUAAACAGUUGGCGCGUUAAGUUUGUAAGAACGCUUGAAUAAGUUAAUGAAAUAAUUUUUAUUUUAAAGCGCUGUAAAGAUAAAUCUAAACAAUAUUGUUUAGCUUCUAGUUUUUUUGUGUGUUUUUGUUAGUGUUUUGGAAAAUCAAGAAACCCUAAAUGGGUGCGCUCUAUAAAAGUAAAAUUACUUUAAAAAUAACAACAAAACAUUAAAGUUUUCAUACCAAAAUAAAUGAGAAGAUCAUUAAAGUCAUUAGCUAAAGAUACGAAGGUUAAUUACACGUAGCAAAGUGUUACAAGUUUAAGACGAAACAACAAAAAAAAAACAACGAAAAAAGAUACAAAAUUAUAACAAAUCUAAACUAAAUUGAAUUAAUAAAACAAAACAAACGAACAUUUAAAGAAAAAACGGAGUGUCUGUGUGUACUGAAACGGAAAACCUUAACGCCCGCGCUACAAUGUCAUUCUUUCGCAAUUUACGUUCAUCUAUAACGCGCGGUCGUUCAUCAUCACGCGAUACCACUCCCGUACGCAACUCCCGACCCGGCAGUGUUAUAAGUUCUCUUAAUAGCAGCAGUGGCAAACGUAGAGAUUCCAUUGAAUCACGCUCCGAUUCUUUGUUUAAUCGCAGCGAAACCUUCAUUUUGGAUGAGCCCGAUGAGACAACGCCCUGUCACUCAAAUUGCUCUACUUUGGAGAAAAAGUCCAAAAAAUCCAAGGUUCUGGAGAAAUUUAGCACCUUUACGAAACGCAAAAAGACUCCCGCAGUAGACAACGGCACCUUUGAACAUCAUCCCAGUGAUAAUGCCACCAAUACUUACUACAAAUGGCAGGCCGAUGGUGGCAAUAGUUUGGACUAUGACUCACAAAAUGAUCCUUUCAAUUUCCUUUACGAACAACAGUCCAGUUUAAAGUCUCUACAUAAUCCCAGCAGCUCCUCACAAGCAGAUUCUUUAAAAUCUUCCAGUUCUCCUAUUUCAACAUCUUUUGAUUCUUCCACUUAUCGUAAACCCAAAAUGCCUACAGACCUCAAGAAACAAUUGAAACAUUUAAAGGAUCAGGAAAAUGGCAGCAAAAAAGUCAAGGAACCAGUAACUUUAGCUCUACAAGAACAAGAUAAUGAAGAUGAAGAAGACUCUCUAAAAGCUGAUAAAUAUAAAACCGUGACACUCAACAGUUUUCGCAAGUCGUUUCGGGAUAAAUUUCUGCAACAACAAAAGGAUGCCGCACACAAUCCAGCCUGGUUUGUGCAGGUGGAAAAUCCAGAAAUGGCUAAACUCCAACGAGAACAACGAGAGUCUUCCAAGGAAAAUCGUCGAGAUCUGUUGGUAUUUCAAAAUGAUAAUUAUAGGCCAGGUUCCAGAUCUCCCAUAAGGGACUUGAACAAUCGCAAGCCAGCAAGAUCUCCUACACGUUCUCCGGUAAAGCGCAAUGAAACUUUUAAAGUUGAGCGCCUAAGUCGCCUCGAUAAACAGAACUUAAAAACCAAACCCGAAGAAACAGCACCCUCUAUACGCAUAGAAUUUAAAAAUUCCAUAACGCCUCACAUACCAGGACGUAUGGUGCCGGUGGGUGUAGCCAAACCCAUGCCCUCACAACACUAUUAUCAAAAGCCGGACAACACAACCAUGAAUACUUCCUACACCAUUAAAUCAUCGGCGGGCAACACCUCAUCAACACGAUUAAACAAUCACUCACCCAUUAGAUCACCUUGGCUAAAAUCACAUUCACCCACGCGUAACCUAACUAGCAAUACACCUCGCCUGGGACGCUAUCAAACCCUGGUGCAAAUUAAAAACGACAAGAUACGACAGGCCUCACCGGUAACCGUACGCAAUAACAGACUCUCCACACGCAUACAAUUGCAUGCAAAUGGUCCUUCGAACCCGGAAAGGAAAACCAACCAAAACUCUAAUUCCCCCACGUUUGGCAAACGCUACAAUUCAUCUGCUCAAAUGCUUAAUAAUAAUGCAACAGCUGCAAAAGCACAACCCUUAAAACAAACAUAUUUUGGAGAUACACAACCCCAUACAGCAAGAAUCACCCAGAUACCCUCCCAUAUCAGCCGAACACGAACCGUGGGAACACCUGCCUAUGACAGCUAUAAAUAUCACACACCAUCAUUGUUUAACUCGGCCACCACAUUGACACCAUCAUCAUCACGUUCAACGCCUUCACAUUCUGUCAACAACAUUCACAGCAGCAGCCACAACAAUCUCUCCUAUCUGAAACACUAUCAACAACAGCAAAUGCCGCCACAGCACCAACAACAGCAUCAGCAACAAUCGCGUAUCGUAGUGGCCGGGCAGAGGCGUUCUCGCUCUCCAAUUAAAGUUCCCUGGCGGUAGGCGUAGUAUUAGACAGACUUACUGUAGUUGUUUGUCGUCUUAGUUUUAAUAUUUUUUUAUUUAAAUAGAACUAGAAUUUUUGAGCAAAAUUGUUUUAACUAAAAGUCGUGUGUUUGUUUUAAUUUUGUUGUUGUGUCUAAGUUUAUGAGGAAUUUGGUUUUAAAAUCUGAACAAAAUACGGGGCGUUAAUAUAGUCAUGAUUUUGUUGUUUUGUUGAUUAUUUUGCAUUUAGAAAACAUGAUAUUUAUUAAAUGAGUUGCCAAGUUGUUUAUUUUAAAUUGGAUAAAGGGGAGAAGCGAUCCAGUGAUUCACUUGUUUCGAUUUGCGAAAGUAUGAAAAUAAAUAUUUUCGAAGAAUGAAAAUGAUUUUGAGAUUCGCCUAUCCCUCAGCCUGCCAAAUAUCUACAAGGUUUACUAAACGGAAAUUCAAUCUAGAGUCGUAUACCAUAAUUAUCUACCUAGACAGUCUUACAGCAAUCAAUGCUCUCAGUUCCAUACCGAUGAAGUCGAAAUGCUGACUGGAUUGUAUACAUUCCAAAACCUAGCUUCCAUAUUAAAAACAAGUCGUGAUAAACGGGUCGGCCGUAGACGAAAUUGUGGCGCGAAUCGACAUUUACUUCCCUUAGUUUGCGAUAUCAAAUACGAUCAAUGAAGGUGCACUCAGGGUUUCGGAAGACCUGUGGUCUACAAGUGCCUUUUAUAGAAUAUUCAGAAUGUGACCUAUCUUAAUUUAAACUGUCUCAGGAAAGGGUCGUUAAUGAAUCACUUGGAUCGGAGGGAUGGCCUGUGAUUACCACUUGUAGAAUAUUCAGAAUGCUCAGGCCCUCUUUGACUCGAUCAGCCUUCUUAUUCAUACUGGAGACUUUUCAUGUGACUGCUAUACAAGAGCCUAUCAUGAUUUGUAUUACCUGAGAAAGCAAUCGCUAAUGGAUCUAAUAAGAUUUGUCAUAAUCGACCAAUGGGCAUUCAGAGGAUCGGAGGGAUAACCUACGAUUUCCAUUUGUAGAAUAUUCAGAAUGAUCUGACCAUAUUUUGCACUGGAAAUGACCAAAACUCGGUUGGGUAUUGGUAGGGACUCGAUAAGCCUUCUUAUACAUACUGAAAACCUUCCAUGUGACUGUUUUACAAGACCCUAUCAUGAUAUGUAUUGCCUGAGGAAAGUAUCGCUGAUGGAUCUAAUAAGAUUCGUCAUGAUCGAUCAAUGGGCAAACAAAGGAUCGGAAUGAUAACCUACGAUUUCCACUAGGAGAAUAUCCAGAAUGAUCUGUCCAUCUUUGGCACUGGAAAUGACCAAAACUCUGUUGGGUCUUGAUAGGGACUCGAUAAGCUUUUUAAUACAUACUGAAAACCUUCCAUGUGCCUGCUAUACAAGAGCCUAUCAUGAUUUGCAUUGCUUGCGGAAAGUAUCGCUGAUGGAUCUAAUAAGAUUCGUCAUGAUCGAUCAAUGGGCAUUCAGAGGAUCGGAGGGAUGACCUACGAUUUCCACUUGUAGAAUAUCCAGAAUGAUCUGGCCCUCUUUGGCACUGGAAAUGAUCAAUACUCUUUUGGCUCUUGGUAGGCACUCGAUCAGCCUUUUUAUACAUACUGAAAACCUUCCAUGUGUCUGCUUUACAAGCGCCUAUCAUAAUUUGGACUGUCUCAGGAAAGGGUUGCGUCAAGAGCUGGCCCUCCUUAUUAAGUUUUCAAAUUUUAAUUUUUUAAUGAAGCUUAUUACCAUUAGACUCUAUGAGUCCUUCCAAGUUUUCGAUCGUUUUAAACAAGAUCAAUUAUGAGGAAUUGCACUAUUAAUGAAUCUUGUUAUCAAAUUAUAGGAAACUUGAUAUAUAUACUUAAUCUCAUGAAGACAUAUCAUAUUGUAUUUGAAUAAAACACAAUCACCCCUAUCACGAAUCAAUAUUUCACAUUUUUCAUUCAUCAACUUUGUUCACGUGAAAAAAUUUCCAAAUUUCCCUAAUUUUUAAAUGGAUUUUUUAAACAAUAAACAUCUGUUACAUAGAAUAAACGCAUAGAACGGAAGGAGAGAGUAAAAUAUUACUCUCUUUUCACACAUACGGGUGAUACAAAAACAAAAUACAUGCAAUACAUUCUCAUGAAUUAGGUUUCUGACAAGAGACUUAGGUUUUUGACUCUCAGUUACCUAUCUAGUUGUUGUCUAUGAUCUAUUACGAAUACAAUCAACUAUUGUGAAUGAAAAGUUCAUGAGAAUAUCACGAUAGCAAUUUUCCCUUCGAGAGAAAUGGAUAUUUCAUGGGAACAUAAAUUUCACAUGUUUUGCCGAUGGGGAUGAGUAUAAUUUAGAUAUCGGGCUGAAAUUUCAAUAUAUAGAAGCAAAGCCUGUAAUCUCCACUUUUUUUAGUUUCUGUAAGAGGUAACUGUCUCCAAUGCACAUUGAUGUCUUUAUAAACGGAUUUGGUAUUUGGCUGACGAACCACAAGCAUUCAUCAAAUAUAACUAGAUGUUAUUCUUAGAUAAGUUCACGAUUAAAAUAGAGAUUCAAGGCUUUGCUUCUAUAUCCCUCAAAUUUAGUGUAAAAUUCAAUCUACGCAGAUUCUUUGCUGCGAUCUAUUCCUUGGAGCAAAUUUUCCACUAUUAAUUUAUAAAGGGUUUUUCAGUUGGGACUUCCGAACUUUGACAUUUUGGAAUUCGAUAUUAUUCCUGAGCAAAUAUUCGUUGAUGGCUUGUUUUCAUAAUCUAAAGGGGUUAAAUGACAAGAGCGAGGCUAUAUUUGGACCGAAUUGAAAGGACUUGUCAUUAGUAAUAUGUAGUUUAAUAAUAGAUGUAUUGAAGAGGAAUAACUGAUGUAUUGAAGAGGAAUUUUGGUAAUCUUGAAAUCUUUAGAAAUACUCUGGUAGUAAGGCCACCAGAGUAUUUCUAAAGAUGACAAGUCCUUUCAAUUCGGUCCAAAUACAGCCUUCAAACAAGGCCUGACAGCGAACUUCAUUAACCAUAUCAUGGGAAUCAUUUUUAAAGACUAAAAUUUGCGGUCUAUCAGACUUCCGGAAUGAAAUCCACACCAAACAUAACCCAACAACAUUUGGCUAUCUCACAUUGCAUAUUUUGAUAAUAGCAAAGGUCAUAGAUAAAUACCCAUAGAUCGGAAACUCUUCUAUGAAAGACCUAACUCAGUUGUCAAAAACUUAAGUAGUGGGAAUGUAUUAGUAAAAAAUACUAUGUGAAAACAAAAACUAUCCUCGUAUGUGUGAUUAUUUUGAGUAAUUUUUGUGUUUGAGUUUUUUCUACAGUUUCUGCUCUAUGUGUAUUUCUCUAUGACAUAGCUAUUAAGCCAACUUUAUCCAAAAUUUAAAUAAGCUCUCAAUCGACUCAAAAUUUUGAUAGUAAUUUUUAAUAAUUUCAAAACAUAAAAAUCAUUAUAUCCCCAAAACCCUGUUCAGAAUGAUACGAAUCAUGACAGGAACAAAUCACUUGUUUUGUUGGAAAAAUUCAAACUAACAAUUUAAUUAGUUUGAAUUAAGAGAAAAUGACAGGUUGCCUUCACAUAAAGUUUUAGAAAUCGGUAUAUAACUCCCAGGAACCAGUCAUAUGACUAAUUUCUUGUCAAUUACCUUCCCUUUAGGGUACUUAAACAUAACUAAAACGUGACCAUAAAAGUUGUACAAGAUUUUUCUUCCAUUAAAUUAAGACCCAUCUCGUCAAUUCGUUAUACUAUGUUCACAUUUGCAGAGUUAAUCAUCUCAAACGUGAUUAAGCUCUAAUCACUUCAAAAUCGAGAUGAUUAUCCAUACAUUUAAAUGAUUUGUUAAUCACUUCAAAUUGACAUGAUUAAAUCUUAAUCACUUCAUUAAUCACGUAGGAUCAACUGAACAUACCUCAAACUGAUGAUGAUGUAGCAUCGGCCACCUUUUAGUGUAGUACCGAUAAAUAAAUUUUGACAGAAGUUUUCUUUUUUUUCUCCUUAAAAAACCUUAAAUAAUUCAUCAAUGUUCACAAUUUCAUUAUUAAAAAGUUUAAAAUAAUUUGCUGAUAUCUUUAAUAAAGUAUUUAUUUCCAUAUUUAAUGCCUUAAAUAAAUAUAAAUUUGUUUGUUGUUUUUUUAUUUGUCAACUAAAUCAUUUUAGUGUCAACUUAAUCAUCUCAAAUGUAAUGUGAACGGCUUUGAUUAACUUAAUCAAAAUUUUGCUUAAACGCGUUUAAAAGCCCAAGUGUGAACAUAGCAUUAGAUUGAAUCAAUGAAUACCAAAAUUGAAUCAUUUAUUUUAAAAACCAGUCAAGUAACAAAUUAUUGAUUUUGAGUAAAUCAAAGAAAAAAUUACUUUUUCAAAAUUGAAAUAGGGGCUAGUAGAUUAGGAUCUAGUAGGAGCAGUCAAGCGCUGUCACUUGACUUCUUUCUGCACUAAACACGGAUUUCCCGGCUUUGCUUCACCAUAAUAGGGUGGCAGUAUUUAAUUUAUUUUUCAUUAACCAAUGCAUUUACCUUUACAAAACAAUAAUCGUCCAAUAACUCAAUUUGGGAUUUUUAUACCCUUCACCUUCGUGAGAAGGUUUGUAAUUUUCACAAUAUAAUUUUGCGACCCUAUAAAGUAUAUAUAUUCUGGAUCCUUAUAGACAGCGGAGUCGAUUAUGUCCGUCUGUCUGUCUGUUGAAAUCAAUUUUCUGAAGACCCCAGAUAUCUUCGGGAUCUACAUCUUCAAUAAUUCUGUCAGACAUGCUUUCGAGAAGUUUAAAAUCAGCAAAAUCGGUCCACAAAUGGCUGAGAUAUGAGGAAAAAACCAGGACAACCUCGAUUUUUGACCUAUAUCUGGAUUACUAAGUCAUUAAUAUAGACAAUAUGGAUAUCUAAUGAUAGAUAUUUCAAAGACCUUUGCAACGACGUAUAUAAGACCAUAGUAAGUUGGACCUACAAUGGGUCAAAAUCGGAAAAAAUAUUUUUUAACCCGAAUUAAAAAACAAAAAUUUUUUUUUAAAAUUUAAAAAAAAAAUUUAAAUUUAAAAAAAAAAAAAUUAAAAUAAUUCGAAAAAAAAAUUGUUCCCAAAAAAUUAAAAAAACAACUUUGGAAAAAAAUGUUUACCUACAAAAUAUUUAAAAUUUGUAUUUUGAAGUAUAAUUUGGUGAAGGGUAUAUAAGAUUCGGCACAGCCGAAUAUAGCUCUCUUACUUAUUUGUUGCUUGACUGGUUUUUGAAAUAAACAAUUCAUCAACAAUUCAAACACUAAACGUUUGGGAAAACAUGAGCCAAAUCUUUGGUAUAAUGAUAGCUUUAAACUGCAUUCCAAUUUGCCAAUUGUCUAAAAUUUUAGUAUUCCGUGAUAUUCUUUGAAUUAUUACAACUAAAUUAUAAUACAAAUUAACUUAAGCCUAAUUAAAAUUUACUUUCUAAAUAAUAAUUCCAUUCCCAUUUCAUUAUCUACUAUCCCGUUUUUAAAUACUAAAUUUCCCUCUCUUUGGCAGCUCUUACUAACAUUUCGUGUAUCUUGUUUGUUAUUAAAAUCUCAUUUUAGCAAAAAAGAAAAAAAUAUUUAUAAAAAAUAAAUAAAUUAAAUGUAAUAAAAACUCAAUUAUAGUGUCGUGGUGAAUCAUCGAUAGACAUUUUUGUUGUUGCUUGUUUGAAAGGCUGGGGGAUUUCCAUAUAAGAUUCGUUUAGAUUUUUUUUUAAUGUUAUUUUUGCCACUUGUAAAAGUAUAAAAUUAACAUUAAAUGAAAUGAUUUUUACAACAGGUUAUAAAAUGUUUUUAAUACACACUGAACAACAAAAUGAAAUGAAACCGAAAUAAAUCAGUAAAAUUUAAAUACGAAUUUAAAUAAAUCUUAUAAGCUAAUAAUUAAUACAAUCAGAUGAUACUUUUUUAAGAAAUAUUUCUAAAGAGAAAAGAAAAUAUCUUAAAUGGAAAUAUUAAGAGCUUAUUUUUGGGCAUUACCUAUGGCAUUACUCAGUAAUAAGUGAUUGUUACUUGCUAUAUUACUGAAAACUAAAAAAAUAAUGUAAAUUAAGAGUUUAAGUCAUGUCUAUGUAAUUUGUGCAAUAAUUAUUUUUAAAAGUUUUUCAUAAUUUCGUUGCUUAGUGUCGUGUAAAAGUUGUAUUGUCAAUUUUGUCUAACAUUGUAAUAUUUAUUUUGUUUAAUAAGGACAUUGAAACUUAUACUAAUUAAGUUUUACAAAAGGCAUUGUUUUUAUUUAUGAGUAAAAAUUGUUAUUUUGUAAACAAUUAAAUUAAUUUGUAAGUUUAACUUGUUUUGUUUAUUAUGUUUAUAUAUGUAUAUAUAGAGAGAUAUAAAAAGUUCUUAUUAAAUGUA